UGUCCUGCUGGUGAAUGGGCUCCUUCUACUUGGGCCCGAAGCACAGUUCAGGGCCGGGGGCCCCAAGAAGGAGCCCCAGGUCUAGCGUGAUCACCUGCGUGUGCCAGCACGUGGGACGGCCCUUUAAAAGGUGGGGCCCGGCUCAGAGAGCGGAGGAGAGCUGGGCCCGCUGGGGAGAAGGGUCCAGCAUGGCAGAUUCUGGGGCCCUGCCCACCGGCUUCGGGGAGCUGGAGGUGCUGGCUGUGGGGACGGUGCUGCUGGUGGAAGCUCUCACUGGCCUCUGCCUCAAUGGUCUCACCAUCCUCUCUUUCUGCAAGACCCCGGAGCUGCGGACCCCCACCCACCUGCUGGUGCUGAGCCUGGCUGUGGCCGACACUGGGAUCAGCCUAAAUGCUCUGGUCGCAGCCACAUCCAGCCUCCUCCGGCGCUGGCCCUACGGCCCCGAUGGCUGCCAGGCCCAUGGUUUCCAGGGCUUCGCCACGGCCUUGGCCAGCAUCUGCAGCAGCGCGGCCCUGGCCUGGGGGCGCUACCACCACUACUGCACCCGCAGCCAGCUGGCGUGGAACACGGCCAUCUCCUUGGUGCUCUGCGUGUGGCUGUCCUCCGUCUUCUGGGCAGCCCUGCCCCUCCUGGGCUGGGGCCGCUAUGACUAUGAGCCUCUGGGGACGUGCUGCACUCUGGACUACUCCAGGGUGGACAGGAGCUUCACCAGCUACCUCUUCACCAUGGCGUUCUUCAACUUCUUCCUGCCUCUCCUCAUCACGUUCGUGUCCUAUCGGCUCAUGGAGCAGAAACUCAAGAAGCCUGGCCACCUCCAGGUGAGCACCACCGUGCCAGCCAGGACGCUGCUGCUCUGCUGGGGCCCCUACGCCCUCCUGUACCUCUACGCCACCAUGGCCGAUGUGCGCUCCGUCCCCCCGAAGCUGCAGAUGGUGCCUGCCCUCAUUGCCAAAGCAGCACCCACAAUCAAUGCCAUCCACUAUGCCCUGGGCAGUGACACGGUCCAUGGGGGACUUUGGCAGUGCCUGUCACCGCAGAGGAGCCAGCCGGACCGCGCGCGGUGAGGCUCUCCGCAGGGCUGCUUGGCCCCGGGCCCACGCCUGAUGCCCUUCACCAAGCCCUGUGCUCGGAUGCUGCCCCAGAGCCCUGCCCGGCAGCCGAGCUCCACACCUGCCCCCCCCCCGCCCCCAGGAUGGCCCUGUUUGGCUUGGCCCUGGGUCAGAUGCUGGGGACUCAGACAGCACAGGCUGCAUGGGAGGACCCGGGACCUUGGAGCCAGACAGACCCGAGGUUCCAUCACCCCCUCCAGAGGCUGAGCGGCCUCGGGAAGGUCACUCCCUCUGCACAGGCCUUCCUGACCCGUGACCUAAGGGCUCCCCGGGGCAGCUGUGAGGUCUAAGCGACAUGGCGUGUACUCGCCACCCAUGCAGAAACUCACGGCAGCAGCUUCUGUGCUCGGGGUCCUACACAGAAAGGGGUGAGAGCCUCGCGUUGUGUGUGGGAGCGCGACCCAGGCUCUCAGCGUUCAAAUGCCACGUAUUAAAUUGAGAGCUGGUGC